CGCAGUGCUGGGCCGAGCCCUGGCCGUCGCCGCGGCCAUGGACCCGUUCCUGGUGCUGCUGCACUCGAUGUCGGCCGGCCUGUCGAGCAACGAGCUGACCGAGCUUAAGUUCUUGUGCCGCGAGCGCGUGAGCAAGAGGAAGCUGGAGCGCGUGCAGAGCGGCCUCGACCUCUUCUCGGUGCUGCUCGAGCAGAGCGACCUGGCUCCCGACCGCCCCGAGCUGCUGCGCGAGCUGCUCGCCUCCCUGCGGCGCCACGACCUGCUGCGGCGCCUGGACGACUUCGAAGCGGGCGCGGCGGCCGGGGCCGGGACCGCGGAGGAAGACCUGCGUGCUGCAUUUGACAUCAUCUGUGACAACGUGGGGAAGGAAUGGAGGAGGCUGGCACGCCAACUCAAAAUCUCUGAUGCCAGGAUCGACGCCAUCGAAGAGCGCUAUCCCCGGAACCUGACGGAGCAGGUGAGGGAGUCGCUGAGAACCUGGAAGGCUGCCAGGAGGGAGGCCGCGACUGUGCCCCAGCUGGUGGCAGCCCUCAGAGCCUGCAAGCUGAACCUGGUAGCUGACCUCCUAGAGGAGGAACAGGCCCGGAGUCUCCAGAACGGACGUGGGCCGUCAGCCCCAGUACCCUGGGACUCCGACGGCCCCACCUCCAGGGCUUCCUGA